CGCCUACAACCCCCAUCAUGCUGGACGGGCUGCGGCUCCAUGGCGCAGAGCAAUGACUGAGGAGCUCGAUGAAGACGUGGUGUUCGAGAACUCUCCUUUAUUCCAGUACCUGCACGAUUUAGGCCACACAGACUUCGAGGCAUGUCCGACGGCAUCGCAGGAGGAGGAAUAUGGAGGACCAGAGGAAGACCUCCUCCUGCCGCAGAAAACCUCAGGAGGACGGUUGUGGAGGUUGGCUGAGGCCGUGUGGAGAUGGAGCCCGAUGCACCAGGCAGCUGCAUCUCAUAAGCUGGAGCAGCAGCUGGACUGUGUGUUCGGCCAGUACUCGGUGAGGUGCAUUCUGGACCAGGACGUGCUGCUGCAGGAGGACGUGGAGCUGAUUGAGCUGCUGGACCCGAGCCUGCUCACCCUCGCCUCCUCGCUCUCCGGCUCACCCAGCCGAGCGAGCACCCUGCCCAGACCGAGCUUCAUCGCCAGGCCCUCCCUCUGGGACAUGGCGGGGCUGGUUGGCCUUGCCGCGGUGCUGAUGGGUCUUUGCUCCGUGUCCGAGGGCCUCUGGUCUCUGGCUGUCGCCCCCUGGAGCCUGGCCCUGCUGGGCUGGGUGGGGCUGAGGGGAAUCACGCUGUGGAGACGGGGCCGUGUGCAGAGGGCCGUCCAUGCCCGCGUCACACAGCUCCAGACUAUGGUCCACAACGGCAAGACUCUGACGGGCCUGUCUCGUAAAGCCCUACGUCUGGUGCAGGAGACCGAGGUCAUCUCCAGAGGAUUCACCCUGGUGAGUGCAGCCGGCUCCUUUAGCAGGGCGGGUCCAGGGGCGGUUCCGCGUGGCCAGCAGCUGAUUGGACUGAGGAAGGCUCUCUACCGGGCCCUCCGCUCAGCCUUCAGAGCCUCACGUAGGGCCACCUGUCACAUGCUCAAGGCGUUUCCUCUCAACUCUGAGAUCGAUAACGUGACAAACUAUGUGUCUGCGGUGCCUCUGAAGGAGCUGGGCCUCGGUCUGGGAAUCGAACACCUGGGUGACGAGCAGGCGCAGGAGCUGACGGACGACUACAGCCUGCCUGCCCUGAAGAUGCUGUUCCAGCUGUGGGUGGGACAAAGCUCAGAAUGUUUCCGCCGACUGGCUCUUCUACUGUCCCCACGUCGAAUAGAGGACCCAGAAGAGGGCGCGCUCAAAGGAGAAACCCCCCCUCUUUCUCCAUCUCCACUGCACCUCUCUAUCGCCGCGGUAACUGAGCCCCUGCAUCUUGCCCUGGCCGGCUGCCUCUGCGAAGUGCAGCGCAGCUAUGACUUCCACCGGCACUUUGAAACCCAGCCGAGGUCGACGGGCUCCGACAAGACCGGGCGAGCCAGGGAGAAGUGCCGGGAGCUCAACACCCUGCACACGUCCAUCCGAAGCCUUCAGCUGCACCUGAAGGCCAUGCUGAGCGAGAUGAUCAUCCUGGAGGACGACCUGGAGAAACUGAUGGUUUCCAAGGAGCUGACGGAGCUGUCAUGCGAGGGCUACCAGGACCUCAACGACCGGCUGCACCAGCUGCAGCCGCACAUGCAGGCCAGCACGGGCUGCUGGGAGGACAGCGUCAACCAGGUGGCACGCAUGCUGAGACGGGCCAACGCCUGCUCAGUUAAUGCUGAAGGUCAGGAGCAGUGUGGAACUCCUGUGACUGAGAUCCCUGCUCCUCCUCCAUCGUACCCCUUGAUUCUGGACAGAGACCCUGUGCCAGAAGAGCUGGAGUGGGAGGCCUACGUGUCUGACUCAGACUCUGAAGGAGAAGGCCGAGGGUCUUGGUCCGACAUUUUGUCACCGGAGGAACGGGAGCGUCAGCGCCGUGAGAGGGAGGAGUCUCGUCGCGUCCUGUCGGAGCUGAAAGCUGUCCUGGGCUUCCGUGCAUCCGCGGGGGAAAGGAUGAAGAGGAAGCAGCUGCUCUUCAAUGACCAAGCUGCUGUGGCGCUUUCAGCUUGCACUGAAGAUUCAGAUCCUGCCACCGACCCACCAGAUGCUCCGACCCCUGUAGGCUCAGCAGAAACCUGCGAUGAAGAGGGAAACCACAUCUCAGAGCAUCCCGCAGGAAGCGAAGGGGAAGAAACAGACAGGGUGAGCCCUGACCCCUCCAUGGAGCCGGUGAUGGAGUUCAUCUGUGGUUCGGAGGCGGAGGACGAGGAGACAGUGGUGAGUUCGGUCUGCAACAGAGGAGGAGGAGGAGGGUCCGAGCUUCACCUGUACGACGGGCUCCUGGAGGAGGGGGCGGAGUCCCAGAACGGCCUGGACUGCCUCCUGAAGCCCAAAGUCACCGCUGUCACCUUGAUGGACAGACUGACUGAGAUCCACGGCUCCGAGGCUCUGAGUUUCAGCUCCUCCAUCGCCGCUCAAGUAGCGGCACGCUCACACUCGCUCGUCAAAAUGGAGGAGCAGACGUUUGGAGACGACGGGGAGGAGGACGAAGAGGAGGAAGAGGACGAAGAGGAGGAAUGCGACAGACGAACACCGGAGAAGGACUGAAAUUAAACUUAACCGAUCUAUCCGAGCACUGAACAGAGACUGUGUUUAUGUCUGAACGUCUGGAGUCUUUUAUCGAUGCGUCUGCUGUGUUACAUCUUAACUGUGUCUGGUGAUGAGAUAUUUAAAUUUCACUCUCUAUUACUCAUCCGUCCAUGUUACUGUACAAUACCCACGAUUCUUACUGCUCUCAUGCUGUUAAAACUCAGGUACCUGAACCACUAAAAUAAAAACCAGACUUGACAGUGUUGAGGUCAGAAGAACAGAAUGUCGACAGAUUACUUGGUGACAGUCGAUCGGUAGAUGUGAAAUCAAAGAUUGUAAGAAAACAAGUGUCAGGACUGUCUAUGUUGAAAAGAUAUUUGUGGUGGAGUGAAAGACUCAUAACAAUAAUAAUAAUACUCUGAGACACGAGUGGUGAUUCUGACGGUUUGUUCAGACAGAAAGAAAAUAAAGAUCCAAGGUCGAAACUCACUCAGCAAAAGUUUCCUUAUGAGCAGAAAAUACCUUUAUGAAUCUGUUAAAAUAUUAAAUUAUUAUUACUCAUGAAUUCCUUUGUACAUUACUUUAAUCCUGCAGCGGGUAAAUGUGGGGCAGAUUUUAAUUACUGUUGAGUAAAUUCCCCCGGGGAUCAACAAAGAUUUCUUUUAUCUGAACUCGUACAACUUGUAUCUGAAAUACAACGUAAUUUAUUUGUUGAUUAUACUUUGUGUUCAUUCUUCUGAAGUUGUAAGUUCAAAGAAUAAAUCAGAGAGAUACUGAAGAAAAGUACAAGUUCCUCAAAAUUAUUACUUAGAUAAAGUAUCAAUAGCUUAUAAGUUGCUUUCUAACAGUGUAGUUGGUACUUUGGACAGUUUCCUAAGACCAAGACAACAAUACUGACAUUGACUCAUGGUUUGACUCUUUAUUUUUCAUUUCAUUAUGAUAAACAAUAUUGUUUGGCAUGGUGUAGAUUGCUGUUAGACGUUUAGGAAACCCUCCAAUGCAAAAUAUUGUAUUUGCAAAAAUGACACGAGGCAAAAUUUCGCUUUUUCUGUCUGAACAGCUCACACAGCAGAAUGUUGAUCUCAGCCGAACUUAGUUAUUAGAGUCAGACACACAAAGUGCAAGAAGAUAUGGUGGAAGGUUACGUCUAAUGUCUUUAAUGCCUCUUUCAUGUCCCUGAUUGUGGGUCGUAUCAGUAAAGUGGUAAAACAUUCACAAUGACUCAGAAACGAUUCAUGAAGACUGAAGCAAUCCUGAUUUCUUUGUGUUCACAGGGACACAAACGUCACAACGCCUUGUUCGUGACACUGAAGUGUGCGCGGCCUGAAUCUAGUGAAUGUUUGCUGCUGUGAGGUUUAAAGUUAAACACCUGUGAGUGUGUGAGGAGAAAGGAGGCUGAUCUUCUGGCAUGUGAGGGACAAUUUGUAACUUGCCAUGAGACUGAGCGGCCUGAUGUCCACCUCCACCCUCCUCGUCUUCUCUCGUCUACAUGUCAGCCUCCUCCUGCAUUUUCCCCCUUGAAAUAAAAAAACAUUCUUGAAGUGUU